AAACGAAACAUGUUCUGCCCUAUGGCACUGCCUCUUCCGUUUUAAAUGCAAGCUAACAUUAAAGUUGUUACAGUUUGAUUUUAACCUUACAGCUAAUCUGACCAUGCAGUCCCCUGUAAUAAAUAUCGCCUUAUUUUCAUUUCUACCCAUUUUUCUCGUGUCCCACCUUGGGAAGGUUGCUGCUGAAGGGAAUGGCAAAGGGUUUGGGGAUCACAUCAACUGGCGUUCUUUGGAGGAUGGGAAGAAAGAGGCAGAAGCAAGUGGUCUACCCCUCAUGGUCAUCAUCCAUAAGACUUGGUGUGGCGCCUGUAAAUCCCUGAAGCCAAAGUUUGCGGAGUCAAAGGAGAUCUCAGAGCUUGCCCACAACUUUGUGAUGGUCAACCUUGAAGAUGAAGAGGAGCCUAAAGAUGAGAAGUUCAGCCCAGAUGGUGGCUACAUUCCCAGAAUUCUUUUCCUUGAUCCUAGUGGAAAAGUUCGCAGUGAGAUAACUAAUAAAAAUGGAAACCCAAACUACAAGUAUUUCUACAGCAAUGCAGAACAAGUUUUGUCUGGAAUGAGGGAGGCCCAGGAGAAGCUCACCGGUGACGCGUUCAGGAAGCAGCACGUCGGGGAUGAGCUGUGAGCCACCAGAUAUGCAGACGUCCAAGAGGGUAUACUUCACUACACCACACACUACACACUAUCUCAACCACCAUCACCAUCUCCACUACUAACUUGGCUACAGCUAUCGUUCAACUAUGAGCAGUGUGGUCCGUUCACCUGUUUGGCCCUUGAGGAGCGCAACAGAUGAAUCGGUCAGACGAUGUUUUUGCUGGUGUGCAUUGCAUUUCGAGAACCAAAGCUGACCUCAUUCUGUCCGCUGAUAUCAGGUGCUAUGUACUUUGUUUGUUUUUACCUGGAAAUGUCAAGAAAUGCAAUGUUCUAAGGAGAGUCAAGACCAUAUUUGUACUGUAACGUUAGAGAAUUUGAAAUGUGUACAAAUGAAGUAAUACACCAUCCCUUUAUCAGUGGAUGUGUCUGUCCAUGUCGAACAAUGCGCUGUCAAAAGGGCCAUAGGUACUUAAUUAUAUUACACUAUUGUGCAGAAAAUAAUGGCACAUAUUAUGCUUAUGGGCAUCCAGUUCUUUUAAUGUCUUUAUUCCUGCCAAACGAUUGGGCUAUAAUCUGUAAUUGAUAUAAUGGCCUUGGUUUUGUAGACUAGUUUUUAUCUGUGGAAAUCUGAAUUGGCUUAUAGUGCAUACUGGCUUGACUGAAGUAUGUUAUUAUUGACUGGUCUGUGUGAUGAGGCUUUUACCACACUGUAUUUUCUACAUGUAUGUAUUCAGCCAAAUUGAAGAAUAAACUAAAUUGUUUUAUACCAA